AUUCAAUAUUGAUUGGGAUACAAAUCUGUAAACUGUAAGAAGCCUUCCACCUUGUUCGUCUUUAUUUUACGGGUUUCUUCUAAUAAUGUACCGUGCUUUUAAUGUAUCGAUUGAGGACUUUGAACAGGAAUUAUCUGCGCACUCCUAGGAUCCGUGUGGACAGCGCAGAUGCAGAAUGCGGUGGUGCCCCAGCCCUAUUCUUCACCUGGUGCGGUGUAUGCUUGUACGAUCAUGCACCAGGAAAGCAAGGAGCAGACUACCUCUGUGCUUUAGAGAAAGAUGGGCCUACUUCAAACUUUUGAGUCGUUCGCUUUACUUCAACUCCCUCACUGACUCAGAUGUGGUUUUUGACUCUGCGUUUGAGCCAGUGUUCUGGUCUGUAGAUUAUGUAACACGCUGGUUUGGUCUGGUAUUUGUUUGUCUGGUUGUCAUCUUAACCAGCUGUGUUGUGAUCAUUGCCUAUGCGGUUUUACUCCCGAUGAUUCUUAGAACUUACUCUACUGGUUGGAUUGUUUGGCACAUAUGCUAUGGCCACUGGAAUCUCAUAAUGAUAGCUUUCCAUUAUUACAAAGCGGCCAAAACCUCUCCUGGACACCCUCCUACAGUCAAAAGUGACAUCCGAUUUGUAUCAGUAUGCAAAAAAUGUAUUCUACCAAAGCCAGCAAGAACACACCACUGCGGUAUUUGCAACCGGUGCAUCUUAAAGAUGGAUCAUCACUGUCCCUGGCUGAAUAACUGUGUGGGCCAUUUUAAUCAUAGAUAUUUCUUUUCCUUCUGCCUCUUCAUGACAAUGGGUUGUGUCUAUUGCAGUAUUAGUGGUAGAAACCUGUUUUUAGAUGCCUACAACACUCUUGAGCGCAUUAAACAUAUGGAUUUGGAAAAGCCAGGGGUUCCUGUAACUGGGAUUGGUGCUUUAAUUGGGCUUUUACCUUCUGGGCAGACUAAGUAUCAGACCCCUGCUCCAUCAUACACAUUUAUGGAUAAGGUGUUCAAUAAGUGUAUCAUCUUCUUGUGGGUUCUGACCAGCACUGUAGGAGUAUCCCUGGGUGCGCUAACUUGUUGGCACGCACAUCUGAUAUCCAGAGGUGAGACCAGCAUUGAAAAACAUAUCAAUUUUAACGAGACCUUGCGGUACGCAUCACGUGGACAGAUCUUCAAAAAUCCCUUCAAUUAUGGAAGGCUAAAUAACUGGAAAAUCUUCCUUGGCGUGGAGAGGAGAAGUCAUUGGGUAACACGUGUUUUGCUUCCCUCUGAACAUCGGCCUUAUGGUGAUGGUUUAAAAUGGGACAUAUACACCUGCAAACGGGAUCUGAUACCUGUAUGACUGUGUUAGUUUGCACAAGUCACCUUUCUCAAUUUGCCUACUUUGAUCUUUCUAGUAGGCUAACAAAGACUUGUGCAUUUUGGCUUUAUAUGACAAAAAGUUCAGAAUACCUCAUCUUUGGAUGUUUUACAAAUAUUGGUCUGUAUUUUCAAGACAAAGACGGUGGCUUUUUUCAUUCUGCCUUUUCCUGAUUUGCAAACUGAUCUUCCUAGGGUCUUACUGUUUUCAUAAAAAGGUUUGAUUAAGCCUUGUGCACUGACUGACAUAUCUGGCAAAAUCAUCUUUUUUUUUUUUUUACCUUGUGUUAAUUUUGUAUUAACCUCCUAGGACCUGGCGUUCACAUAUGUGGGCAACACUGUUUGGGUUUAUUUAGGCCACAAUGCAAAUUUUUUGAAGAAGAACAGCAACAAAUAUUUUUAGGAGUUUAGACAAAUGUUCAGAAUAUUAUUAUUAUUAUUUAUUUAUUUAUUUAUUUUGUAAAGGCAUGUGUCUCCCUGCACCUGUCAGCAGCUCUUCACUUGAGACACAUUGUUCCAAGAGGCACAAUUAUUGUUUCUCAUUUUGUUUUUUACUCAGGGAAAAUGUAGCUCUGUUCAGGCACUUAAUAAAUAGUUUUUGCAAAUUAUUAUUCAAAUGUUUUAUCAAAAUGAUUAAAACGUCCACAUAUGAGGACAUACGUUUUACAUCACUUUUCUCAGAAACUACAUAAUGUAAAAAGAUAAUCCUUUGUUUUUUCAUCAGGUCCCAAUCAGCCUAAAUAACAAAGAGAAAUUAAUAAAGUAUGUCAUGCAAGAGCUCGGGUCUUAGGAGGUUAAGGGAAAAGAGAAAUGGUGAAGAUUGGGCACAGCGAUACAACUUCACCACUCACCAAUAAAAUUUUAUAUCAAGUCCAAAAUCAUUUAUUUUAAACAACUUAUUCCGUUGUUAUUUAUCAUCUUAUAUGUGUUAAUUUAAUAAAUCUUUAUAUUUGUCCAACCCUU